CACAUGCGUGUUUGUCUUUCUUUUUACUCAUACCAUCAGUUGUUUUGACGCUCUUUUAGUUUUAACCUCUAUAUAAAUAUAUUUUUAUCGAUAUCACACGUUUCGAUGAGUUUCGGGCUUUCGCAUUAAGCAGUUCAGCCAUUUCAGUAGCCACAAAGGCGAUGCGUCUGAACAGUGGGACGAUAAGAAGAAAAGAGGUAUUUGUGACGAUAUCUUUGCCUUAGUCUAGUACACUUGAAUGGACACGGUGCCCAAAGGUACACAGUUGGUUCUGUUUGAUUGUGAUUUGUUUAGUAAGACCAAACCAACUUACCUGAAGCUCCAUUAUGCCUGUGAAAAAGAAAAGAAAGUCGUCCGGCUCAGAAGACCCUAACAUCAGAAAGUGCAAAAUCACCAGUUACUGUAGGACACAAACUCCAGGACGGAUGGUAAACCCAGAGGAUCAGUUUUCUAGCAAGAAAUGUCUCGCCUGGUUUUAUGAAUAUGCAGGGUCAGAUGACAUUGUCGGACCAGAAAGCAUGGAGAAGUUCUGUGAGGACAUCGGUGUGGAGCCAGAAAAUAUUGUAAUGUUAGUUUUAGCCUGGAAACUUGAAGCAACAAAUAUGGGAUUUUUCACAAAAGAAGAGUGGCUGAAAGGAAUGACAUCACUACAUUGUGACUGCACAGAGCGAUUACAAGGCAGACUGGAUUAUUUACGCUCUCAACUGAAUGACCCAGUUAUAUUCAAGAGCAUUUACAGAUAUGCCUUCGACUUUGCCAGGGAUAAAGAUCAGCGCAGUCUUGAUAUGGACACUGCAAAAUCCAUGCUGGCGCUGCUCCUUGGAAGAACGUGGCCUCUGUUCCCAGUGUUCCACCAAUUUCUGGAGCAAUCAAAGUAUAAAGUCAUGAACAAGGACCAGUGGUACAACGUCUUAGAGUUCAGCCGUACAGUUAACACAGACUUGAGCAACUAUGAUGAAGAUGGAGCCUGGCCAGUGAUGCUGGAUGAGUUUGUGGAGUGGCAUAAAGCCAGAAUUGCAUUAUAGCAAAACCAGACGCUGAAUUAAAGCACAUCAGAUAUUUUUUUUUUCGGUGUGCCCCAGGCUGCCCCAGAAGUUGGCAUACCUCUCGAGGAUUGCUUCAAUGUAUCCGAUGCCCAAUUCGGAUCGUCACUACCCAGAGACAUUUACAGUGUUACUUUAAAAGGAAAAUGACACAGAAGAAUCACAAGACAAACAAAAGGGGAAAUAUUUUUCAUAUGUAUUGAUUUGUUGAACAGUUAUAUUGCCAGUGUUGUAUUAUUUCUUUUUUUUUUUUUUUUGAGAGGGAAACGGUCUGUUUGUAAUUUUUGUCCCUUUCAUUUUUUUCCCUUAAAGUUUUACUUUGUUUAUAGUGUCUUGAAAAGGAAAUAAAUAAAGCAGUUGUAAAUUA